AUGUCGGAAAAACGAUUGGCAAUAGGGUUAGAAUGUGAUUCGAUUUCUGAGAGACUUCAAGCAUUCCAGGAUGGAUAUGAUUUUAUUGCACUUGACAUCUUAAAUGAGAAGUUGCAAGAACGAUGUUUUGAAGAAUAUUCUGGUCUUACCGAUGAAGACGUACGUAUUCGGCUAGAGGAAGUAUUGGCUUAUAAUUGGAAAGAUGUUUUAUGUGUGUUUGCGUUUGCCUCACCUUGGAUUGAGAUAGACUCACUGAAUCAGCAAGUAGCAGAUAGGUCUAUUCAGAUUUUAUGUGAUGAAGUUCAAUAUGUCUCUUAUAUUGGAAUUUCAGAUUUCAUUUUACCUCCGUUAACGCAGAAAACAAAGAUUCCUCAAUAUGCUCGAAUCAUUAAUCAUUUGCUUUCGCUUUCUGCUUAUCUACGUUUUUAUGUUUUUUUCCCUAUAGAAGAUGAUUUAACUGAUUCAUCGGUAUUAUGGGAUAUUUGGAAUGUUAUUCGUAUAUCCUGUGAUUAUAAUAAUAGAUUGUUUUUAGCUUUUAAAAUUCAACAUAAACUUCCCAAACCGAUUGCUACUUCACGUUGGUUUUCUGAGCCUGUUGGUCUUUUGAUUAUUAGUUCUGAUAUUUUUGUUUUUAAUUCUAAGGGUUAUCCUGUUCUUUCUAAAGAACAUCAGGCUUUUUAUACUAUGUUUUCUAAAUUAAAACCUAGCAUUCUUCUACGUAUAUCUAAUGAGAUACAUGCAAAUAAUAAUCCUUUGGUUUAUCUUGAAUAUUUAAAACAUUUAGAACAAAAUAUGAAACCGAUUACUGCAAUUGAAAAGUUUGCUGAUGGCUAUCAAGAUUAUUUACAGAUUCCUCUUCAGCCUUUGGCUGAUAAUCUUGAAAGCUUAACUUAUGGAGUUUUCGAAAAAGACUCUGUAAAAUAUAAUUUGUAUGAAUCUGCUAUUUACCGUGCUCUUAUGGAUCGUCCUAAAUUGAAUAGACCAACAUAUCUUGCUGUUGUUGGUGCUGGAAGAGGUCCACUUAUAUCACUAUCUCUAAAAGCAUCUGAUCGUGCUAAUCAUAAAAUUGUUCUUUAUGCAAUUGAAAAGAAUCCAAAUGCAUUUGUAACACUACAAUAUCGAAAUCGGCAUGAAUGGGAUAAUGCUAUACAUUUAGUUAAUAUAGAUAUGCGAUUAUGGAACCCACCUGUUUUAAUUGAUAUUAUUAUUAGCGAAUUACUGGGGAGUUUGGGAGAUAAUGAACUUUGCCCAGAAUGUCUUGACGGCGUUCAAAGACUUUUAAACCCAAAUGGUGGAAUUUUUAUUCCAUCUUCUUAUACUUCAUAUAUUACUCCUCUUAUGACUCCAAAGUUAUAUGGGAAUAUAUUACGGAUGAAAGAACGUUCUGCAUUUGAAUCGUUUUAUGUCAUAUGGCUACAUUCUAUGCAUUAUUUAGCUCAAGAUGAUGAAAAUAGGUUCCAAGUAUUAUGGAAAUUUAGUCAUCCUAAUUCAAAUUAUUCUGAUCGUGGAAAAAGCUCUAAUUUGCAUAAUAAAAGACAAUCCAAAAAUACAUUUAAUAUAUCCUCUAAGGGUAUGUUACAUGGAUUUGCUGGAUACUUUGAAGCAGUUCUUUAUGAUGAUAUUGAAUUAUCUACUCGACCGGAUAUGAUUGAUAUUAAGUCAAAAGAUAUGAUUUCAUGGUUUCCUGCUUUUUUCCCUUUAAAGACUCCAUUUUAUAUUCCUCCAAAUUCACAAAUAGAUCUUUAUUUUUGGCGCCAAACAGAUUCAAAAAAGGUUUGGUAUGAAUGGUUAACUGAAAUAUAUUUGGAUCUUUCAAAAAUAAAAAAUAAUGAAGUUAUACAUAACUCUGACCGUGUUAAAAUUGCGAUAAGUGAACUUCACAAUUACAAUGCCUCUUUUUUUAGUAUUAGUUUAUCUUAA